AUGUUUAAUCAAAGCGGAACUUUGGGAACAGGAGCUUCAACUACUUCAAAUCCUAUGAAGGAUUUUGAAGUGGUUUCACCUCCUGAUGAUUCUGUAUCCAGUUUGGCUUUUAGCCCUGCAUCUAUUCCGCAAAAUUUUUUGGUCGCUGGCUCUUGGGACUGUAACGUUCGUUGUUGGGAAGUAGAACAAUCUGGGAAAACAGUCCCUAAAUCUAUGCAAAACAUGGGAGGACCUAUUUUAGAUGUUUGUUGGAGCGAUGAUGGUACAAAAGUUUUUAUGGCUUCCUGUGACAAAAUGGUUAAAUGCUGGGAUUUAGCUUCUAAUCAAAGCGUUCAAGUAGCAGCACAUGAUGCUCCUGUAAAAACUUGUCACUGGGUAAAAGGUUCGAAUUAUUCCUGCCUUAUGACAGGAUCGUGGGACAAAACUCUAAAGUUCUGGGAUACACGUAGUCCAAAUCCCAUGAUGACUAUCAAUCUUCCUGAGAGGUGUUAUUGUGCUGAUGUGGACUAUCCCAUGGCAGUAGUUGGGACAGCAGGACGUGGUUUAAUUGUAUACCAACUAGAAGGAACUCCACAGGAGUACAAACGAAUUGAAUCACCAUUAAAAUUCCAACAUCGUUGUGUCGCUAUUUUUAGAGAUAAGAAAAAAUCUCCAACAGGAUAUGCUCUUGGAAGUGUUGAAGGAAGAGUUGCUAUUCAAUAUGUUAAUCCAGCGAAUCCUAAGGAUAAUUUCACCUUCAAAUGUCAUCGAUCGAAUGGAGCGCCUAACGGCUAUCAAGAUAUUUAUGCGGUAAAUGACAUAGCGUUCCAUCCUGUUCAUGGUACCUUGGCAACUGUUGGAAGUGAUGGCACAUUCAGUUUCUGGGAUAAAGACGCUCGUACAAAAUUGAAACCAUCAGAACCAAUGGAACAAUCAAUAACACGUUGCUGCUUUAAUCACAAUGGCCAGAUUUUUGCCUAUUCCGUUUCCUAUGAUUGGUCAAAGGGCCAUGAGUUUUACAAUCCUAUGAAGAAGAAUUACAUCUUCUUAAGAUCCUGUUAUGAUGAAUUAAAACCAAGAAGUCCUUCGUAAGGAUUGACAACAAAAUUUAUCAUUUUCGCAUUGAAGCAAAGGUUCAGCGUAAUUAAUACUAUAAGCCACUCUUUUUCAUUCCUAUGCAAUGUAUUGGUCAUUUUUAUACUAUCGUCUAUGGUAUCAGCUUAGUUUUCAGUGACAGAAUUAAUUUAUAAAUCCAUACCGCAUCACGUGACUCUGCAAAGAAACUGUGCAUAGGUACAUUAUUUGUAUGUGUGUACAAUCGAUGCACCUUCCAUCGAUGAACCUUUUGUACUAUGUACAAGUGAAAUAUUCAUGUAAUUUUUAUUAUAAGAGCAACGUGUAAAUAAUAAAGUAUUGUCAUUUCAUA